AUGCAUAAAGCCUACGUUGAUCACUCUACCGGCGCCACCAAAGCAACCCUCUACAAAAGUCACCAUUUUGUACAACAGCGGCUUCGGGAAAUGCAGGAUGUUUGGAUGGUUCGUAAGAGCGUGGAAAUCCAAGGCUACGCGGACUGCAAUGGAUGGAAUAACUUCUUCGCUGCGAUCAAGGCUGUCUACGGUCCUACAGUCAAAGGCGCAGCUCCUCUUCUCAGCACUGACGGAACUACCUUACUCAAUGAGAAGGCUCAAAUUCUGAAACGCUGGACUUAA